UUGUCCAGCUGGUCGGAGGGGACAGCACCUGCUCAGGACGAGUGGAGAUCCGUGAUGGGAACCAGUGGAAAACUGUCUGUGACUCAGACUUUGGUCCCCAAGCCGCCGCCGUGGUCUGCGGGGAGCUGCAGUGCGGCGCACCCCUGCCUGUCCCUGGGGCAUCUCCCUUUGGAAAAGGGGAUGGUCCCAUCUGGGGCAGAGAGCUGCAGUGUGUGGGGAGUGAAGCCUCUCUCGCCUUCUGCCCCAUGGGAUCCCCCCGGGACCAGCCUUGCACCCACGCUAACGCUGCCGGCGUCACCUGCACACGUAAGGACUCGGAGGGGUGUUGAACGCUGAGUGUGAGCUGGGGCGGGGGAGCAGGACAGGGACUGCGCCGUGCUGGGUGUGGUGACAGCAGGGGUGACGUGGCUGUCGGCAGCCCUGGAAGGCUGCAGGAGCAGGGGAAAGGAAGGCUGUCGCUCUGGUCCCUCCUCCGGCUGUGGAGGGAGCAAGAGCACCAAUCCACCCUCCCUCAUCUCCCUCUGUCCCCAGAGUACACAGGGUUCAGGCUGGUGAACGGCAGCACACCUUGUGACGGGAGGGUGGAGGUCCAGGUGCUGGGGACCUGGGGCACCCUCUGUGCCUCCCACUGGGACCCCCCGGACGCCCACGUUCUCUGUCGUCACCUCGGCUGCGGGUUUGCUGAGUCCGUUCCCAGGGGAGGGCAUUUUGGGAGAGGCACCGGCCCCGUCUGGAGAGACUCGUUCCACUGCGAUGGGACUGAAGCCCACCUGGGACUGUGCCCGAUGACGGCCCUGGGGGCCUCUCCGUGCGCCCAGGAGAACGACGCUGCUGUCAUUUGCUCAGAUCCCACCUGCGGCCCUCUGACCGGCAGCAGGAUCUCAUUACCCAUCAUCAUCUGCAUCAUCCUGGGAGCCCUUCUGUGCGUGCUCCUGGCCCUCCUGGUCUGGCAGGCGCGAAGCGCCAGGGCUGGGCGCGGAGGCUCUGAGAGCGCUUGGGAGCCCUUCCCUGAUGCUGUGUACGAGGAGAUCGGUUACAGCCAGGCAUGGGAGAAGCAGCCGAGGUUCAGCGGCAAAGGCUCCUAUCCAGGGGGGUCCCUGACAGAGCUGCGGCCCCACGCCGGGGACAGCGAGGAGGAGGGUGGUCCGCGUCCAGCGCCGGGUGUCCCUGUCCCGCCCGGAGGUGACCCAGCAGACGGCUAUGACGAUGCCGGGGAGGUUUCCGACCCUGGGGAGGAUCGUGCCCCUGGGCAGGGAGACUGGGAACUGCCCAGGGCGCCAGAGGAGGGAGCGGGGCCCGGGGAUGCACCUGGAGAGAGCACGGGCUAUGACGAUGCUGAAGAGGUGCCUCUGGCACAUCCCCCCGAGGACACGAAGGCCGCGUCCCCGGAGCUCGGCGCAGAGCAGUCCCUGAGCCCCGGGGCAGGAGAGCCCGUCCCUGCCGUCGAGCUGGGUGCAGCCUGGAGGGAGGAGAGGACUGUGCAGCUGGCAGAGCCGUGAGCACCGGGGAGCCCUCUCCCUUUUCCCACAGGCAGCAGAGACCGCUGGGCCUUUCCUCGGGCUUUAUUCUCCUUUUUAGGCUGGGCCUCGGGAUUUGUUCUUAUUAAAAGCCUCUGGGGGUUUGA